UGCCUGACUGACUGGGAUUCCCGCACCACUAAAGAUUUUAAAAUGUCCAGACAAAGGAUGUAGGCAACAAAGAGUGCUGGCCCUGCACUGUUGUUCCUCUUUACAUGGUUACCAGAUUUCUUGUUGCUCCCUGUAGUAAGAAACAGUUGUAAGAUGUUAAGUUGUAAGUUACUAAGAGCACAUCGCCGCAGUAGGCGGUAACAUACGUGUUACCUUGGACUCCUCUCAGCUCCCCCUAUUCAUUUGCGGAAUCUCAUUGUUGGUGGGGACAUCAUUCAGGCUGGUGUUUUAGGUUCGGAGGGAGGCUCCCAGUUCAUUAGAGCUGCGUUUCGAGGGUUGGAGUAAGAAAGGGGUACUACGUCUUGUGGUGACAGCGAGCUGUGGUGAAUAGUCCCCAGAAGAUUCACAGAGUUUCGGGGAGAGGGCCAAAAGGCAGUGGAGUGGCGAGCUGAGAGAAGCCAGAGGUAGAGUCCUUGGAAGAUGGCACCUGUCAGUUUGGUUUUUGCCUGGUUACUGUUCACCAUGAGGAUGGUCACCUCGACAGUGUUUCUGGAGCCGGAGGAGGAGGAGCUCAAUGAAACUGUCAUUUGUACCAACGACCAUAUGGAGGUUGUUAUUCCAAGUGCUUUUUUCCUCAACAAAGUGCCUCCAGUUUAUAUUUGGGAUUUGCAUUUAAAUGAUCCAGAGUGCCGAGGCAUUGAGGUCGGAGAUGACUAUGUUUUCAGCAUUAAGACAAAUCUCUCUGACUGUGGAACAGUAAUGAGCUCAGAUGAGACACACAUCAUGUUCAUAAACACCAUACACAACAACGAUUCAGAUGUUAUAACCAGAAACUACGUCAACAUAACCUUUGUGUGCCGCUACCCCAUCAACUACCUGGUCCAACAACCCAACGGGGAAAACAUGAUUAGAGUUGACAUCAGAACCAUCACUCUGAACACAGAGGAUGGGAACUUUUCGGUGUCGAUGUUACUGUACAAAGAUGACGCCUUUAAAGACCGAUGGACCACUGUGCCGUCACUGACGCUGGAUGAUGACAUCUUUGUAAAGGUUUUUAUGAUACCGGCUCAACUGAUGCUGCGUAUGGAGAGAUGCUGGGCUACACCAACCAGUGAUCCAUACAGCAAUAUUCAGUACACCUUCAUCCGGGACAGCUGCCCGGUGCUGUCAAAUGAACUGAGUGUGCUGAAGAAUGGCCAGGGCCCAGAGGCCAUGUUCAGGAUACAAAUGUUCAAGUUUGUCGGCAGCUCUUACACCAACGUCUUUCUCCAUUGCAAUGUCCAGAUCUGCCACAACACCCCAGGGCUGUGUCAGCCUAACUGUUCCGGUGAUGGUGAAGAAGAUUUAGUCAGGCUACGGAGGGACAUCCCUCUGUCUCAUACAGUGUCUUAUGGACCAAUUAGACGACUACUAAACGAUAGUGAAAAGCCCAAUCUGAAUGCAGGUGGAGUCCCUCCUGUGGAGACCUUUGUCCUCGGAGGACUGCUGGUUGUCUUGCUGCUGAUCACUGGAGUGUUUGGGAGGCUGUGGCUUCGAUCCAGACGUUUCUACCCAGCGCGGGAGGCGCAGCUCACCCUGUCCAACAUUCACCACAUCUCAGAGGUGGCCUCAUGAAUCAGGGGGUCAGGGAUCUUUUUUUUGUAAAGAAAUGGACACACAAACACAUUAACAUGUACAAAUACAAACACACAUGUACAGGUGUCAUUUAUGAUAACAAUGAAUUCUUCCAUGUUUUUUUUCUUUAUAGAAUGAUUUCUUGAAUUGUAAGAAAUCAACUUAAAUAAAAGGUUUCCUUC